CUAGAAUUUGCUUCAAAAUUAAGCAGGCAGUGAGUUACUCAGUACGUUGGAACUGGGGCUGUUCUUGGCCAUAUUGGUUUGGAGCGUCUUCAAGGUAUCAUCUAUUUCGAUUUUUAUCGUGGCUAUCCUUCUGCUGGCUAUUUGCUGCUCUUUAUUUUCUGAAUUCUGAAUACAAUUUUUUUAUUAAUUAGGUAGUUAUACUGCGCGUUAAUGGAAAUAGGUUGUUUUACUUCAUUUAUUAAUUGGCGGUCUCCAUUUUGGAUGACGCCGCUGUCCACUACUUAAGCCGCGUGUUUACAGUUCUAAUUUAUAUUUUGUCGGAUUAGUCAGAUUUUAAUAUGUUUCUGUACAAUUUAACCCUGCAACGUGCUACGGGUAUUACCCACGCUGUACACGGAAGUUUUAGUGGGAAGAAGCAGCAAGAAAUAUUAGUUUCAAGGGGAAAAUGUCUGGAACUCCUCCGGCCGGACCCCAAUACCGGGAAAGUACAUUCGUUAUUAACUGUGGAAAUAUUUGGCGUUAUACGAUCCUUAAUGGCCUUUAGGUUAACUGGAGGUAACAAAGAUUAUGCUGUUGUUGGGUCUGACUCAGGCAGAAUUGUAAUUCUUGAAUACAAUCCACAAAAAAACAUUUUGGAAAAGGUUCAUCAAGAGACCUUUGGGAAAAGUGGGUGCAGGAGGAUUGUUCCUGGACAAUAUCUUGCAGUUGAUCCUAAGGCCAGAGCCAUUAUGGUUGGAGCUAUUGAGAAACAGAAGGUUGUUUACAUUUUGAAUAGAGAUGCAGAAGCUAGAUUGACUAUUUCAUCCCCAUUAGAAGCUCAUAAGAGUAACACUUUAGUGUACCACAUGGUCGGUCUGGAUGUUGGUUUUGAGAAUUCCAUAUUUGCCUGCCUUGAAAUAGAUUAUGAGGAGUCUGAUAAUGAUGCAACUUGGGAAUCAGCAAGUGAAACCAAACAGUCCCUUACAUUCUAUGAACAGGAUUAUGGUGUUAACCAUGUUGUAAGGAAAUAUUCUGAACCGUUAGAAGAACAUGCAAAUUUCCUCAUUUCGGUGCCUGGUGGUGACGAUGGGCCUUCUGGUGUAUUGAUUUGCUCAGAAAACUACCUCACCUACAAAAACCUUGGCGAACAGCACGAUAUCCGUUGUCCCAUUCCUAGGAGAAGGAAUGACUUGGAUGAUCCUGAGCGGGGAAUGAUCUUUGUAUGUUCAGCUACUCACAAAACAAAAUCGAUGUUUUUCUUCCUUGUCCAAACUGAACAAGGUGACAUUUUCAAAGUCACCCUUGAAACAGACGAAGAAGUUGUAACAGAAAUAAAAUUAAAAUAUUUCGAUACUGUUCCCGUAGCUGCUGCAAUGUGUGUUUUAAAAACUGGUUUUCUUUUUGUUGCAUCUGAAUUUGGCAACCACUACCUUUAUCAGAUCGCUCACUUGGGUGAUGAUGAUGACGAGCCUGAAUUUAGUUCAGCCAUGCCCUUAGAAGAAGGAGAUACUUUCUUCUUUGCUCCCAGACCUCUUAGGAAUCUAGUCCUGGUCGAUGAAAUGGAUUCACUAUCCCCAAUAUUAGACUGCCACGUUGCUGAUUUAGCUAAUGAGGAUACUCCUCAGUUAUAUAUGGCCUGUGGUAGAGGUCCACGCUCCACCCUGAGGGUAUUGAGGCACGGUUUAGAAGUGUCUGAAAUGGCUGUGUCGGAACUGCCAGGUUCUCCCAAUGCUGUCUGGACUGUGAAGAAACGUGCCACUGAUGAAUUUGAUGCUUACAUUGUGGUUUCUUUCUUGAGUGCUACACUGGUCCUUUCUAUUGGUGAGACUGUUGAGGAAGUUGCUGACUCAGGGUUUCUGGGGUUCACUUCAACUCUUGCUUGUUCAGCUCUCGGAGACGAUGCCGCUGUGCAGGUUUAUCCUGAAGGAGUUAGGCAUAUCAGAUCUGAUAAGAGGUUGCAAGAUUGGAAAGUACCCGGCAAGAAGCAGAUCAUCAAGUGCGCUGUUAACAGAAGGCAAGUCGUCAUUGCCUUGACGGGAGGGGAGCUUGUUUAUUUUGAAAUGGACCCGACAGGUCAGUUGAAGGAGUAUAAUCAGUGGCAGGAGAUGCAGUGCGAGGUGGUUUGCAUGGCCUUGGGGAACGCACCCUCUGGGGAGCACAUGUCUAGGUUCGUCGCUGUUGGCCUGGCAGAUAACACAGUCAGGAUUAUCUGUUUAGAUCCACAGGAUUGCUUGUCGAUGCUUUGUACGCAAGCUGUACCCGCUGCCCCAGAAUCUCUGUGUAUUGUAGAGAUGGGUGGUGGUGAUGGCAGUAGGUCGACCCUCUAUUUGAAUAUUGGUCUUCACAACGGUGGUCUGUUAAGGACUGUCCUCGACCCGGUGACCGGUGAUUUAGCCGAUACGAGGACCAGGUAUCUCGGUACCAGACCUGUCAAGCUUUUCCCGAUCACGAUGCAAGGCAGCCAAGCUGUGAUUGCUAUGUCUAGUCGAACAUGGUUGAGCUAUUGCUACCAGGGCAGAUUUCACCUUACCCCACUGUCGUACGACUCCCUGGAAUAUGCCUCCGGGUUCGCCUCAGAGCAGUGCCCUGAAGGUAUCGUUGCUAUAUCUACGAAUACCCUGAGGAUCUUAGCCCUUGAGAAGUUAGGGGCCGUAUUCAAUCAGGUUUCAUUUCCAUUAGAAUAUACUCCGAGGAAGUUUGUUGUACAUCCUGAGACUGGCAACUUGAUUGUAAUUGAGACUGAACAUAAUGCCUAUACUGAGGAAACAAAAAAACAAAGGAGGAUACAGAUGGCAAAAGAAAUGGAAGAAGCUGCUGGAGAAGAGGAAAUGGAGAUAGCUAAAGAAAUGGCUGCCGAUUUCCUUUCAGAGGACCUGCCCGAGAGGGUGUUUGGCGCUCCUAAAGCUGGCGCUGGGAUGUGGGCCUCGUUGGUAAGGAUCAUGUAUCCUGUCACCGGGCAGACUCACCAUCUCUUAAGACUAGAACAGAACGAAGCAGCAAUCAGCUUGGCCAUUUGCAAGUUUUCCAACCAGCCAGACAACCAACAGUUCUUGGUUGUAGGAGUAGCCAAAGAUUAUCAACUCAACCCGAGGCAGAUCAGCAGUGGCUAUCUUAACACAUAUAAGUUCACAAACAAUGGGUGUAGUUUAGAAUUGGUCCAUCGUACACAAGUUGAUGAACUUCCGACUGCCAUCUGCUCUUUCCAUGGAAGAAUAUUGGUUGGUGUCGGCCGCCUGCUCAGGUUGUACGACCUAGGCAAAAAGAAGCUGUUAAGGAAAUGUGAGAACAAGCAUAUUCCUAACAUGAUCGUCAGAAUAGAAGCGAUGGGCAGAAGGGUCUACGUCAGUGAUGUACAGGAAAGUGUGUUCAUGGUUAGGUAUAAGUCGGCAGAGAACCAGCUGAUCAUCUUCGCUGAUGAUACACAGCCUCGUUGGAUCACGACUACCACCAUCCUUGAUUAUAACACUGUAGCCACGGCCGAUAAAUUUGGAAACAUUGCUGUUAUUCGCCUGGCUAGUAACGUUACAGACGAUGUGGACGAGGACCCUACAGGCAACAAAGCCCUCUGGGAUCGAGGUCUUCUCAAUGGAGCAUCUCAAAAAGCAGACUUUGUUGCUAAUUUUCAUGUUGGGGAAAUGGUGACGUCAUUGCAGAAAGCUACAUUGAUUCCUGGUGGUUCCGAAUCUUUAGUAUACACCACCCUUUCUGGUUCAGUUGGUGUCCUGGUACCGUUUACAUCUCAUGAGGACCAGGAUUUCUUCCAGCAUUUGGAAAUGCAUAUGCGGUCUGAAGCACCUCCUCUUUGCGGCCGGGAUCAUUUAUCCUUCAGAUCUUAUUACUUCCCUGUUAAGAAUGUGAUUGAUGGAGACCUGUGUGAACAAUUCACGUCUUUAGAGGCAGCCAAGCAGAAGUCAAUAGCAGAGGACCUUGAUAGGACACCGAACGAGGUGUCGAAGAAACUUGAAGAUAUCAGGACGAGCUAUGCCUUCUAAGUUCAUCACGCUCACCUCUUAGUUUUUAUAUUUUUUGUCUGGUAGAUGGUUUUUUUAUUUGCCAGUCCUAUUCUGUGAUCUCCUAUACUGUAUCUACUUUAGUUCAAGUUGUACAUAAAUUAUUUAUAUUGUUUUGUUUAUUUUAUAUGUCGAGAAUUUUUUUAAUAAAUAUAUAUUUUUAAUUUGUA